AUGCAUUUAAUCGGAUUUUAUUUUAAAAAUAACCAGGUGAAGCUUCAAACGCAUCGUUUCAUAGCGGGUAUUGCAAUUGGAGGAGUGUUGACUGGAUGCAUUGGUUGUAUGGUUACUGUUGAAAUUCUUACAAAGGGUAGUCCGGAAUGUAUGAAUUUGCUAACUUGUUCAACAUUCAUUUUUGUAUCAUUUAUUGGCUUUCUCAAACAGUCGCAUUACUUCAAGCAGUUAUCACGAAGCAGAGCGCCGUUGUUACGAGGUUAUGCACGCAUUGUUUUUAUGUUCUUUGUGUGA